AUGAUUCCCGCAACCAUCACCAAGCGGUCUUUGACCAAAAUCCUUGCUGCCAUUGCCACCAUAGUUGCAUUGACUCUUUUUGUGAGAGAUCAGCAGAGCUCGUUUAUCCGCACCAGAGCUUCGAAUAUUGCCCGGGCAUCUCCCGCCUCCACUGGCGCAUCCUCCAAUGCAUCCUCGCCCACACCGUCGGCUCUUCCGGUCGAUCCGUAUAUCACCACCAGGUCCACUGGCACCCACAAUUACAUCCAUCUGCAGCGCCAGAGCCCCGUGAACAACUCCUCCCUGAACCCUUACCGCGACGGAGACCUCGACAAGAACAUUCUCAUCCUCUCAAACUUCCACAACAGCCACUCGUUCGGAAAGAACCGUACCUUCACAUCCUAUCUCCAGACUAUCGAGUCCAUUGACUAUCCGCGACAUCUGCUCAGCCUGGGAUUCCUCAUCUCCGAUUACGAGGACUAUGAGGCCUUCAUUCCCGAGUUUGAGCAGUUUGUCCGCCGACACAACCUCGCUGCUGCCUCGCUCAUCCUGUACAUCAGGGAGGAACCAUUCUCCCGCAAAGACAGACAAAAGUCCGACAUUCAAAAGUCUCGACGCAGCUUCCUGGCCCAACUGCGAAACAGACUGCUCAUGUCGACUCUCCGCGAUGAAGACGGGGUCCUGUGGAUCGACUCGGACAUUAUCGAGAUCCAGUCCGAUGCCCUCAAGCAGUUUGUGCGGUCGGGUCUCGACAUCAUCACGCCCUUCUGCCGAUUUGGCACCAACGGCACGAACAACUUUGAUGCGAAUGCGUGGGUGGGAAAGCGCACCCGACCCAACGAGCAGCAGUGGAAAGACAUCAAGGACGGCCGGAAGACCGACUUUGUUCCCAUGCACAGCGGGUCCAAGUUCGUCAGCGACUGGAUCAACAAGGAAGAUCGAGUUGUCGAACUCGACUCUGUGGGCGGGACAGUGCUCUAUGUCCGCGCAGACGUGCACCGCAACGGCGUCAACUUUCCCCCGUUCUAUCUGAUCGGAUCAGACUGGGACGCCAAGUAUGGCGGCUAUGACGGCAUCGAGACCGAGGGACUGUGCUAUAUCGCCCGGACGAUCGGAUAUCGGUGCUGGGCCAUGCCACACAUUACCGUGUCCCACACUGCCCAACAGGAGAACCCCAAACCCAAGGGCAAUGCCGAGUGAAUCCGAGUCACGCGAGUAGUGGAGCUUCCCGCAGGGGCCAUUGAGGGUUUAAUCUUCUUGGCAGAGCCAUCUUUCACUGCACUGUGGAUGAACUCUUCACGGUCUUGUCCGAACACACAGGGUUGGCUUCUAGAGCGAGUUGUUGGGGAUAAUCGCUGCGAACGCCGAUAGCAUUUGUAUAUUCAUAGCUUGAAAGCUGUAACCGAUCAUGUACGCUUCGCCAGUACACACCAGGUGGUCUUCUUCCGUCCAGAUCCUUUCCCACUUGUUGGAUGUUCAUCUCGGGAACUAUCGCGACUUGUUUACAGCGUUC